GAGAGCCGAGCCGCUGCAGCAGCGGUGGCUGCAGCAAAGGCUUGAGCGGUGGGGAGGUGGGUCCCCGCGCUCCGGCGCCUGGGCAGCCCCAGGGCCCGGUCCGAGGCCUGCGGCUAGGCCCAUAGGGAGGAGGUGGCGGCCGUGGCGUGGGAACGGCGACCUUGGCUAGACGGAGCCCGCGGUGGACGUAGGGCGGAGGCCGAUCCCCGCUGGGAGUCUUUGCGGAGCCGGAGGGAGGCGCAUCUGGCGCUUCGGUACCCGCGGCAGCCUGGGGUCUUGAGCUGUUGGAGGAGCGCAGUGGGAGCUGGGAAGUGCUAACCCGUCUGCAGGGCGGACCCCUGCGUCCCGAAGCCCCGUCUCAGGCACCGAAGGGGCGAAGCCACCCGUCUUUUCGGGCAUCCAGUGUCCUACGCGCCAGUUGGCGGUUCCAGGUAUCCCAGUAAGCUCCAGACUCAGGCGCGGACAACUGGCGGCGCGGAGCCAAAUCCUCUGCUUCCCAGGGCACCUCCCCUGAGCUAGCCUUGUAGGGACCCGGGCUUCAGGGCUCAAGGACCCAACAGCAGGUCAGACCGCCAGCUCGGAGGAGCUCGAGCCCCACCCUAGGAAGAGGGCGCAGCCGGGCGCUUGGGAAGCGCUGCCGUGCUCCAGAGGUUGUAUCGGGGGCGCUGUUCUGGUGGCGGAGCGCGCGGCGGAGAGGACAUGAGAUCCGAGAAAUCCCUUACGCUGGCGGCGCCGGGGGAGGUCCGUGGGCCGGAGGGGGAGCAACAGGAUGCGGGAGACUUCUCGGAGGCCGGCGCGGGCGGGGGGUGCUGUAGUAGUGAGCGGCUGGUGAUCAACAUCUCCGGGCUGCGCUUUGAGACACAACUGCGCACCCUGUCGCUGUUUCCCGACACUCUGCUGGGAGACCCUGGCCGCCGCGUCCGCUUCUUCGACCCCCUGCGGAACGAGUACUUCUUCGACCGCAACCGGCCCAGCUUCGACGCCAUCCUCUACUACUACCAGUCCGGGGGCCGGCUGCGGAGGCCGGUCAACGUGCCCCUGGACAUCUUCCUGGAAGAGAUCCGCUUCUACCAGCUGGGAGAUGAGGCCCUGGCCGCCUUCCGGGAGGACGAGGGCUGCCUUCCCGAAGGGGGUGAGGAUGAGAAGCCUCUGCCCUCUCAACCCUUCCAGCGCCAGGUGUGGCUGCUCUUCGAGUACCCCGAGAGCUCGGGGCCUGCCAGGGGCAUCGCCAUCGUCUCCGUGUUGGUCAUCCUCAUCUCCAUCGUCAUCUUUUGCCUGGAGACGUUGCCCCAGUUCCGUGCAGACGGUCGAGGUGGAAGCAAUGGUGGUGGUGUGAACAGAGACUCCCCGAUCUCCAGGGGGAGUCAGGAGGAAGAAGAGGAUGACGACGAUGCCUACACAUUUCACCCUGGCAUCACUCCUAGGGAAGUGGGGGCAAGGGGCCCGUCCUCACUAAGUACUCUUGGGGGCUCCUUCUUCACUGAUCCCUUCUUUCUGGUGGAGACCCUGUGCAUUGUUUGGUUCACUUUUGAGCUCCUGGUGCGUUUCUCUGCCUGCCCCAGCAAGCCAGCCUUCUUCCGCAACAUCAUGAACAUCAUCGACUUGGUGGCCAUCUUCCCCUACUUCAUCACCCUGGGCACUGAGCUGGUGCAGCAGCAGGAGCAGCAGUCAGCCAGUGGAGGGGGCGGCCAGAAUGGGCAGCAGGCCAUGUCCCUGGCCAUCCUCCGCGUGAUCCGCCUGGUCCGGGUGUUCCGCAUCUUCAAACUCUCCCGCCACUCCAAGGGGCUGCAAAUCCUGGGCAAGACCUUGCAGGCCUCCAUGCGGGAGCUGGGCCUGCUCAUCUUCUUCCUCUUCAUUGGAGUCAUCCUCUUCUCCAGCGCCGUCUACUUUGCGGAGGCUGAUGAUGAUGAUUCGCUCUUUCCCAGCAUCCCAGAUGCCUUCUGGUGGGCAGUGGUUACAAUGACCACAGUGGGGUAUGGGGACAUGUACCCCAUGACAGUUGGGGGCAAAAUUGUGGGCUCACUGUGUGCAAUCGCUGGGGUCCUCACCAUCGCCUUACCAGUGCCCGUCAUUGUCUCCAACUUCAACUACUUCUACCACCGGGAGACAGAGCAGGAGGAGCAAGGCCAGUACACCCAUGUCACUUGCGGCCAGCCUGCGCCGGACCUGAAGGCAGCCGACAAUGGACUUGGCAAGCCUGAGUUCUCCGAGGCUGCCCGGGAACGGAGACCCAGCUACCUUCCCACUCCACAUCGGAUGUAUGCAGAGAAAAGGAUGCUCACCGAGGUUUGACCAGUGCAGGCAGGGCCUACACGAGAAGGGUGACACAGAGCAAGUACUUUCUUAGGCCUCCUUCUCGUUCUCCAGGACUCUCUCCUGAGCUCUGGUUGACUUCCUGACGCCUUCCCUUACCCCAGAGCACAGCCUCCAGGACCAGAUACCUGGACUGUCAACCUUGUUGCUUGGUCCCUGCGGCAUUCAAAUUUUAUCCCUCUAAGUAAAAUUUUUGAAAUUCUAAUGGUGCCACCCAUUCAUGACCAUCUUCUGUAUGUGGAUGAGAUUUCUGUCUUAAUUUCCUUCAAGAUUCUUAUUUUUCAUGUCUCAGACUUCCAAUAGCUGUAGGCACAGAGAUGUCAAUAGAUUGGAAACCAGGUUAUACCUGGGUCCUGUUUCUCCUCAAUGUCCUUUGCUUUGGGGCAUGUGCCUGUGUUAGCUUCUGGCCAGGUGGUAACCGGCAGAAGCUGGAGGACAGAAACAGUACUCAUCUUACUGUUUUAUUCCAGGGCCCUGUAACACCUGCUGGUCAUCCUGCAGAGGACCCUUGAGAGAGCCGUUAGCUGCACAGC